UGAAGAAAUCAUUGACUUUUAUAAGUAUAUGUCUCCCAGACCUGAAGAAGAGAGAAUGCGGAUGGAAGUGGUGAACAGGAUAGAAAAUGUUAUCAAAGAGCUCUGGCCUAAUGCAGAUGUGCAGAUAUUUGGAAGUUUUAAAACUGGUUUAUAUUUACCUACAAGUGAUAUUGAUUUAGUUGUGUUUGGAAAAUGGGAGACAUUACCUCUCUGGACCCUGGAAGAAGCGCUUAGAAAGCACAAUGUAGCAGAUGAAAACUCAGUAAAGGUUUUAGAUAAAGCAACUGUACCCAUUAUCAAACUGACAGAUUCCUUCACUGAAGUAAAAGUUGAUAUAAGCUUUAAUGUACAGAACGGGGUUAAAGCAGCCCAGCUUAUCAAAGAUUUUAUCAAGAAAUAUCCUGUAUUACCAUAUCUAGUUUUAGUAUUGAAACAGUUCCUUUUGCAGAGGGACCUUAAUGAAGUAUUUACAGGUGGAAUCGGUUCUUAUAGUCUUUUUUUAAUGGCUGUCAGUUUCCUUCAGCUGCAUCCCAGGGAAGAUGCCUGUAUGCCCAAUGCCAACUAUGGUGUUCUUUUAAUAGAGUUUUUUGAAUUAUAUGGACGUCACUUCAAUUAUCUGAAGACUGGUAUCCGAAUAAAGGAUGGUGGCUCUUACGUUGCCAAGGAUGAAGUGCAAAAAAGCAUGUUGGAUGGCUACAGACCAUCAAUGCUGUAUAUUGAAGACCCGUUACAGCCAGGUAAUGAUGUUGGGAGGAGUUCAUAUGGUGCCAUGCAAGUGAAGCAGGCUUUUGAUUAUGCCUAUGUUGUUUUGAGCCAUGCAGUUUCCCCAAUAGCUAAAUAUUAUCCUAACAACGAAACGGAAAGUAUAUUAGGUAGAAUAAUUAGAGUAACACAAGAAGUGGCCACAUACAGAGACUGGAUAUCAAAGCAGUGGGGAAUGCAAAGUAGGACGGAGUCUUCAUGUAAUGGUAAUGGAGUAACCUUGAUAGUAGAUACUCAGCAGCUAGACAAAUGCAACAAUAAUCUUGCUGAAGAGAAUGAAGCACUGGGAAAACCAAGAAAUAAAACUUCAGAAACACUUAGUAAACAUUCUUCAAAUUCUUCAUCAGGUCCUUUAUCAUCAUCGUCGUCUACACUGUCCAGCUCUAGUGAUGUAGAUUCUGAUGGAACACCUUGCAAAACCUCUAAACAAUUGAGUUGUCGUCAGUCUACCACAAACAGAGUGGGGUCACAAGAAGUGUCACUGGAAUCCUCCCAGUCAAGUGGGAAAACACAAAAUAGCCAAACAGCCAAUACAUCCAGCAACACGAACAAAUCUCAGCAUGGAUCUGCACGGUUAUUUCGCUCUUCUAACAAAGGCUUCCAAGGUCCAACAAACUCAAGCCACGGUACCUCAGUCACAAACAAACAACAUCAGGGCAGCAAAUCACACCAUCCGUUUUUCCACGGCAAAAAGAGGAAACACAAGAGGGAUGCAGCCCUUUCAGACCUUUGUAGAUAGUUGCCUGUUUUAUGACUGUUCUUCUGUGUGCAAUGAUCUCAUGCUACAGGAUAGUUUGAUAGUGACUCCUUGGAUCUCUUCCGGAGCUUCAGACUGUUCAGACAUUGAUUAGCAGCUGCAUUUUUUUUUUCCCAGCUCGCCACGGAACGGAUCACGAAGAUUGAUCACUGCAAAAAAAAAGGAAAAAAAAAAGGAAAAAAAAAAG